AUGCUAAAACUCUCAACAAUCCUCGGCUCUCUCUUCUACCUCCUCCCGAUCUACAUCUUCCUCAUCGCCCCCGCCCUCCGCCAACUCUUCCCCCCUUCCGAAGAAGACAUCGCCUUCGACCUAGACGAUGACGCCGCCGACCUCGAAGGUCCAAUCCUGAACGGCACCAUCCUCAGUCUAGAUGAUGGCAUUGAAGCCACCUGUCACCCGGACAAUUACCGGGUUCAUCUCCUCCGUCGCGACCCAUUGGUAAUCUACAUCGAGGAUUUCCUCAGUUCCGAGGAAGCCGACCAUCUCGUCGAGCUCGGCCAAGAAACGUACACUCCCUCCAUAAUCUUCGACGGCACAACGGAAAGAGUCGACCCCAACACCCGGCUCUCCGACCGCGCUCUCCUCCCCCGCACCAACACCGUCCGCUGUCUCGAGAACCGCGCAAAGGCCUUCCAAGGCUGGCAACCGCACCUGUAUAUCGAGCGCAUGUGGGCCCAGCGGUACAACGCCUCCGGCCACUACCGGCACCACUAUGACUGGGCGGGCUCGAGCGCGCGCGGCGGCGACCGCGCCAGUACGUUCAUGGUGUAUCUCGGGGAUGAGUGUACGGGCGGUGGGACGAAUUUCCCGCGGUUCAAGAGGCCGAGGGAUGAGAAGUGGUGUCGGUUUGUGGAGUGUGAGAAUGAGGCGGAGGGGGUGACGUUUCGGCCGAUCAAGGGGAAUGCGAUCUUUUGGGAGAAUCUGAGACCAGAUGGGAGUGGGUAUUUGGAGACGUGGCAUGCCGCGUUUCCGGUGACGGAGGGGACGAAGAUUGGGUUGAAUAUUUGGAGUUGGCAUCAACCGCCGAAAAGGAGGAGGGUGUGA